CAAGAAAGCAAACCCGGAAGGGUUUUCUAUUAUAACAGGAAUUUGAAGAGCCAAUAUGGUGCUAGUUAUCCUACAUUGGUAGUUUUAGAGGGUAUAGGUUGGUUAGUUAGUAUGUCGAAUGUAACAGUUUGGACUCGAACACGUGAAAAACUUAAACGUUUUCCAGAAUUACUGGCUGGUUGUACGGAGGAGGCAGCAGCUUAUGGAAAGUGUGUAGCUGCAGCGACAACAGGGAAUCAGGACCUGAAGAAAGAUACAUGUGCCAGAGAAUUCCAUGCAUUGAAGAAAUGCUUUGGAGAUGCUAUCUGGGUAAUUUACCCAGCGUAUCAUGGGAUAGGAGUUAGCCUCGAGCCAGUGGAAGCUCUCGAGCGUUUGUAUUUGGCCAAGUCAGAACCGAUGCUCUGUUCCAAAGCCAACCAGCAAGAAUAUAGGCAAGAUGGACAACAAACAUGGAACGUUAUGAUGAAGACAACUAAGAGAAAGUGACUUUACUUUGGUUGUGUACUGCAAUGACUGUUGGAUAAAGUGUAUUUUACAGUUCCAGGAUGCCAUCACAGCUGAAACUCUAUUUAGUCCCAUGAUAUACAAGGCAUUUCCGUAGAGACUUGAGCACUUCUGUACUCCACCACCUUGUCUGCCAAAAGAAAUGCACAGUGUUGGACACAAUUGUUUCAGAUGUUCUUGGAACUGUAUUUGUGAAUUACAUGAAAACUAAAUUAAAUGUAAGGAAAACUCUGAAUAAACUCUAGUAUCCAA